CGCCGCCGCCGCCGGUGCCGCCGUGGUGCCGCCGCGUUGGCCGCGUGUCGCGCCGCUGCCUCGUCACGGCCCUCGUCCUGCCCCUCGUCCUCGUCGCCGUGUGGCUCACACUGCCCUCCUCCUCCUCCUCGCUCUCCUCCUCCUCCUCCUCCUCCUCCUCGUCGUCGUCGUCGGCACUGUCGUCGUUCCUGCUGGCGCUGAGCGGCCGCCGCCGCCACCACCACCACCAACGCCACCGCCACCACCACCGCGGUCGGCAGGAGCCCGACCCGGGCCCCGUCUGGUCGGCGGCGAGGGGCCACGCGGCCGGCUUCGCGAUGCGCGGCCGCCGCCCCUCCAUGGAGGACCGCUUCACCAUCGGCUCGCGCGUCUACGCUACGCCGGGCGGCUACGGCUACGGCUACGGCGGUGGCUACGGCUACGGCGGCGAAGGAGGAGGAGAAGAUUACGACGACGAUGACGGCGGUGGUGGCGGAGGAGGAAGUGACGUCACCGGUGGCCGUGCCGGCGGCGAUGAUGAUGACGAUGAUGAUGACGACGAGGACAGGAACAGCACCCACAGGAUUUACGGCAUCUUUGACGGCCACGGGGGAGAGGCCGCGGUCGACUUUGUGUCGCGGACGCUGCCGCGGAGGCUGCGGGCGCUGCUGGCGGCGGCCCCCCCGGGGCAACCGGACGGCGCGGAGCUGCGGGCUCUGCUGGCGCGCGAGAUCCUCGCCACGGACGCCGCUCUGCUGCGGCAUCUCAGCGCCAUCGGCGGGGACGAAUCCGGGUCGACGUGUGUGCUGGCGGUGGUGAGCGGCGACUCGCUCACCGUGGCGAGCGUGGGAGACUCGAGGGCGGUGGUGAGCGAUGGGGCCGGCCGUGCGGUGCAGCUCACCACCGAGCACAAGCCGUACCUCCCCGCUGAGCGCAGGCGUAUACAGCGCGCCGGCGGCUUCAUCCGCCUGAGCGGCGUCUGGCGUGUGCAGGGUGAGCUGGCGAUGUCGCGGGCGCUUGGGGACGCCCGCCUCAAACGCCUCGGGGUGAUCACGGCGCGGGCCGACGUGGCCACCGCGGACCUGGGCCCCGCCCGGCAGCGGCCGCCGGGGCCGCGCUUCCUGCUGCUCGCCUCCGACGGCCUCUGGGACGCCGUGGGCAGCCAGGAGGCGGCGGACCUGGCGCGGGGACGCGCCGACCGACCGCUGAUGGGCGCCCGGCGGCUCGCGACGGAGGCCUUCCGCAGGGGCGGCGGGGACAACGUCGCCGUGCUGGUGGUGAGGGUGGGCGGGGGCGGCCGCUGA